AUGAUGAUAAAAUCUUGUGGAAUACUACAUUCAAAUUAUUAUUUUAAAAAGAUUAAUUUUAUAUCACAAUAUUCAACAAAAAAUUCAUCAAUACCAAUUAUAGAUUUAGCUAAUUCGUAUGAUAAUGGAAAAAACCGUAAGGAAUUAGCUAAACAGAUCGAUAAUAUAUGUCAAGAUAUUGUUUUUUUUAUCAUUGGACAUUCAAUUGAGGAAAACAUUCAACAGGAUAUGAUGAAAAUAUCAAAAGAAUUUUUUCUUCAAUCUCUAUCAAUAAAACGUGAAAUAUCUGGUUCAAAAGACUAUCCGUAUGGCUAUAAUGGAUUAAAUGAUGAGAAUUUAUCUCGUGGAUAUGAUAAAUCAUCUUCUUUAUUUUUAUUAUCAGAUGUAAAAGAAAGUUUUUCUAUAGGUCCUGAACAUGAUGGGAAAAUACGAUGGCCAAGAACACCUUUGGCAAUGCCUUCGAUUUGGUUAAAUUAUUAUAAAAAGUGUCAUAAUCAAUCUAAGCAUUUAUACAAUUUAUUUGCUUUAGCACUUAAUUUAGAUGAGAAUUGGUUUAAUAAUAAAAUAAAUGAACAUCGUUCAGCCUUACGUUCAUUAUAUUAUCCUUCUUUUUCUGUACCAUUACCAGAAAAUCAAUAUCGCUCAAGUGUACACACAGAUUAUGGGUCAUUUACAAUAUUGAAACAAGAUUCUAUUGGAGGUUUACAAGUACAAAAUCGUUUAGAUCGAAAAUGGAUCGAUGUUCCUUUUAUUGAAAAUAGUUUUGUUAUUAAUUUAGGUGAUUUAAUGUCUCGAUGGACAAAUGAUCAUUGGACGUCAACACCUCAUCGUGUUAUUUCACCAACAUCUAAAAUAGAAAAUGAUUUAUAUCCAACUCGUCAAAGUAUUGCUUCUUUUUGUCAAAUAAAUCCAAAUGAAAUCGUUCGAUGUAUACCAACAUGUUGUUCAAAAGAUAAACCAGUUAAAUAUCCACCGAUUAAUGUAUGGGAUUUAAUUAUGGAAAAAUAUUUAGCAUCAACUCAAAAGAAUAAUUAA